AUGUCAUUCGUUUGUUUCUUGCUUGGGUUGUUGAGCUCAGGCCCAUCACUGGAUGCAACAAAGUCUCCGAAUGAUCGGAACAGCUAUCGAGUCGUGGAGCUCAACAAUGGGAUCCAGGCUUUGCUGGUAUCAAACGCAGACAAGCGGAAGCAGAAGGUGGCGUGCGCUUGCUGCGUCCAGGUUGGGUCCUUCAGCGAUCCAGAUCGAUGCCAGGGGCUUGCGCACUACUGUGAGCACAUGAUCUUUCUGGGAAGCAAGAAGUAUCCGGGAGAAGCCGAUUUUGAGGAGUUCCUCUCUGAAAAUGGCGGCGACUCCAAUGCCUACACUGAAUGUGAAUACACUUGCUUCUUGGCCAGCACUUUUACCGUGGGUCUUGAACCAGCUCUUGACAUGUUUGCCCAACUCUUCCACGAGCCCCUCUUCACGCCGGAUGCCUCGUCCCGGGAGCUGCAGGCCAUCGAGUCGGAGUUCCAAAAGAAGAGGCGGAGCGACAGCGUCCGCGCUGAGACGCUCUUUGCGAGCUUUGCGUCUGCUGACCAUCCCUGGAGGCUUUUUGGCUGGGGCAACCUUCAAAGCUUGGAUGAGGAGCCCAAGAAGCAGGGGGUGGAUCUUCAUACAGAGCUUCGCGGCUUUUUUGCAGAGCACUACAAGGCGAGCCGAAUGCGACUUUGUGUAUUUGGCAUCGAGAGCCUGGACACAUUGGAGACGGCGGUGUGUGAGAGUUUCUCUGCCAUCAAGCCUUCCCCUUCCGUGCCGCAGCUGGACUUCGCGAGAUGUGGGAUGCCUUUGAAGCGCGAGGAUCUUCCGCGACUGGUCCGAGUGCGCCCGAUCAAUGACUGCCAUUCACUGUCGAUGAGUUGGCAGCUGCCCUCGCAACUUCGUUACUACUGCAGCAAACCAGAGGGCUACCUCAGCAGCUUGAUAGGUGACGAAGGUGAAGGCUCCAUACUGUCCUUCCUGAAAGAGGAGGGAUGGGCCACGGAGCUGACAGCCGGUGCCGGUGGCGACAACUUCACUUCCAGUAGCAAUUCCACGAUCUUCACUGUGGAAAUCGAGCUUACGGAUGCGGGCCUGAAUGAAUGGCAAAAAGUGGUCCUCACCGUCUUCCAGUACCUGGCUAUGCUCCGAGAUUUUCCUCUUGGCGGUUUGCCAGCAUACUUGCAUGAUGAAAGGAAACAAAUCGGGGACAUGAGCUUUCGAUUUCUGCAGGAGAAGGAUCCAUCUGAUUUGGUGGUUGACCUGAGCGAGCGCAUGCUUCCCCUGUACCAUCACUCGCCUGCUGAAUUGCUGAACGCACCCUGGAAGUAUGCAGACUUUCGAGAGGAUUUGGUACGAUCCAUCCUUGAUGACCUGACAGUGCGAAACGUCUUUCUGAUGCUGAUGAGCAGCAGCUACGGCAGAGCAGGCGGCCUGGACGCUGAAUCGGACGCGGACGAGAGUCAAGACUCUGCACAUGAACUUAGAACUGCGUCGCGGGCAGUGGAUGACUCUUAUGACGGCGACUCUGAAUGGAAGCUUGAGACGCGCUUUGGCACGGAGUACUUGGAAGCGGCGCUUGCAGAGAGUUGGCUUUCGAUGUGGGAAUCUGCUGAGCCACAGAGGCGCUUGCACGUCCCUCCUCCAAACCGUUUCAUCGCAACGGACUUCAACAUACUGCCAGACGCUCUGCCAGAGGAGCUUCUGCCCGAUCUUCCGUGCUCGGGAUAUGACGGCUUUCCCAUUCCGCAGGCGAGACGCCUGCGCACUCCUUCCCUCACCAGCUCCGAAGGCUUGAAGAUGUGGCAUCUGCCUUGCGCGCAGCAGUUCGAACAGCCUCGCAGCUUGCUUACCCUGAAACUGACCUCUCCAUACUACGCGCUGGAUCUAAGUUCUGUUCGCAAGGAGGUGCUGCUUGAGCUAUAUUGUGAAUGUUUGAAGGACAAUCUGAACGAGACCUUGUACUCAGCGUCCAAAGCCAAGUUGCACUGCAGCUUCAGAGAGUCAAUGUACGGGCUCAGCCUGGGAGCCGGUGGCUUCAGCCAGAAGCUCUUGGCUCUGGUCGAGACAAUGCUUCAAGGGCUUCGGCUGGAGACCUAUGCCAUGCAUCGAUUUCGAGCGCAGCGAGAGGAACUUCUGAGGGGGUACAAGAACGCCUGGCUGAAGCCUCAGGCGCAUUGCGCGCAGCUCCGCAAGCUUCUGCUGUUGCCGGCGACGUUGCGACCCGCGCAGCGGGAAGCCGAGCUCAGUGCUUGCGGAGAGUCCGAGCUCUCCGACUUUGUCAAGAAUUUCUGCUCCGAGGGAAGCUGGGAGCUUUUAGUCUCUGGAAACACGCGGAAGGAUGAGCUGACUUCAUGGAUACACGCCUCGCUUGCAACGCAGCUGCCAAUGCGAUCCACCACAGUUGUCGAACCUGAUGUGGUACAGCUCAAUGCUCAGACAGCUGCAGUCUGGCUUCAGUCUGGCUUAGACAGCACCCAGACAAACUCUGCAGUGGAGAUAUACUUUCAGCUGCCUGGUCGUGACUCUUGGGACUUUCAGCAGGACCGCGUGCGGACUAGAAUGUUGCUGGAAUUGCUGGAAGAUAUGAUGUAUGAAAAUGUGUAUGAUGAGCUGCGAACAAAGCAACAGCUUGGGUACAGUGUUGGAUGCAACAUGAGAGACUCAUUUGGAGUUCUGGGCUUCAGCAUUUACGUACUCUCCGCGGUGCAGAGACCGCCUGUCCUUCUUGAGCGAGUUGAUGCAUUCUUAAAGGACUUUACGCGGCAGCUGCGAGAGUGGCCUUCCGAAAAGUUUGCCAGCCACAUUGUUGGACUUGGAGGCCGCAAACUCGAGCCAAAACGCACUCUUGCGGAUAUGCAUGGUGCCUGCUGGUCGGAGAUAAGCUUUGGGCGUCCAAUGUUUGAUCGUGUGGAGAGGGAGACUGCUGUGCUUGGUCUUCUUCAGCCCCCUGAGCUGAUCGAACUUUUGGAGACGUAUCUGGCUCCAGGUGGCCCAGGUCGGGCAUGCUUGAUCACCGCAGUCGUCCCUCGAGCUGAAGACAAAGAGCUGGAGGCUCUCUGCAAGGCGGCUGACGCAAAGAUGAGCGAGUUAAAGAAGGCCAUCAAAGUCUUCACCGGGCAGGACAAGGACAAUGCAAGUGUGAAGGAGGUAACCCAUUGGACUUCUUCAUUCCUUCGCCUGGGCCCAAAUCCUGAUCGACCUCCAGAGGCGAGAUUGAACGAGGUGCUCACUGGCGAGCUGAACCGUGUCAGCAAGUUCGCAGCGCUCGAGGAGGCAGCCAUCAAGGAGCGGCUAGAGGCCUUAUUGAAGGAUGCGCGCGCAAGUUCUCAAGAGGAGGAGCUCUGUCAAAGGUAUGAGGAGCUGGGGACUGACGUGAGCAACCUCAAGAGCUUCUCGCAGGUCAACUUCUCCGGGUUUCGGAAAGCGCUGAAGAAGUACGACAAGUGGAGUCGGAAAUCGACCAUGCAAUGGUUUAUGUCACAGGUUGUAAAGGCGCCGCUGAUGUGCGUUGACUUUGAAGCGAUGCUUCACCUCCUGACCGACAUCGGCAGUGUAUUACGGAAGAAGGGGGUGAAGCUGUACCAGGACGUGAAGUGCAGCCCCUCUAGCCAGGAGGAGUACACAAAAGGCUUGGAGAGGGGUGGGCUCGAGCGCACCUUUUUGCUUGAAGCAAAAGCUGCAAUGAAUUUGCGAGUGAAGCUGGCAGCAUUCAUGAGCGACAAGUACCCCGAGGAGCGGGCAAGCACAGCAGGGGGCAAGCAACGGCCCAAGCAGACAAGCCUGUUCCUCGACACUCCGCAGCUGCAGGUGUACAAGGAUGUCCUCGACCACUACAGCAAGCUGCAUGAGGAGCACGAGUCGUCGUGCCCUGCAAGCCUGCACGUGCGCUCCAGCGAGCGUGGGCAGGUGGUGUGUGCAGUGUACCAGGCGAAGGGUGACAAAGGCAGGAAGGAGGUCUUGCUGAGGAACGAGGAUGUGGUCAAGCUGCUGAGGGGAGAGGUGCCUUCCUCUUCGCUGGACUCAAGGGCAGUCGGUGCACGAGCCGUGAUGGGCUGCGAUCCUCCGAUGGAAAGAUCCGCUUCUUCAUCGGCUCUGCAGGAGGUGAUUAGCACAUUUGGCAGCUCGCUGGCUCCCCAAGCACAGGCCACCUACAGUCGUUCUCUUUUGCAAGACGGCAGUGGCGUAGUGGUCAUUCUGGACGAAGAUGUCCGGUUCGGUAAGAUCCAGGAGUUCAAUGGGGCUACCAGCUCCACGGACUUCUUUGAUUUCAUGGUCAUCACCAUCGUGUUCCCUUCAAGGGCCUUCUCCCUGCCAAGGUGGCUUGGUCUGCUAGAAGAUGGCAGUGUAGUGCAGGCAAAUGGCUUCUCCAAAGGUGCGCAUGCCAUUGCUCGCUUUCAUGCGCUGGGGCAGAGUUUACCCAUGCCACAUUGGUAUGCCAACGUUUACUCCGAUGCGCAGGGUGGAGAAGGUAGAGAUGAAGCUGAUCCGCAGUCGGCGGAACCAGCAGGUGGCCAGAAGGGUAUCGCCAAGAAUGAUGUUGACACCAAAGAGAAGGAGGAGAUAGUGGAGACAUCCCCAAGGUGGACACAUGCCAACGCGAACAGUGCACGCCUUCUGCAUGAGUUCGGAACAACUCCUCAGCAGGAGAGUCAGAUGGCUGCAACUCGCAUGGCUUUGGCGGCGAGAGGCACCAGCUCUCAGGAGCAGGAGGCAGUGCGGAAGCCAGCUGCGGCGGGCUCGCUUUCUGAGCCCUUGCUUGAAAAGACUUCAGAAGAGCAGGCUCCUCAGGGCAUGCUUCGCCGAAUAUUUGGCGUUCAGGCGUCUGAGGACCAGGAGAAAGCUGUGAGACGUGCAAUCGUUGCUGUGCAGCCAAAGACCUUGUAUUCGAAUGAGAGAACUUUUUUGGAGUGGAUUCACUUCGCCACCAUUCUGGCUGCUUCUGGUGUGCUGAUGCUCCAUGCCGGCGAGGCUGGGCAUGUGAUCAUUGGGCGGCUUCUGGUCUUAGCCGCGAUCUUCCUGGUGGUCUGGUCGAUGCACGUCUUCAACUGGCGUGCUGAUGGUCUUGACUUCAAGGUGGACAUGCGCUACGAGGACAAUGUUGGUCCUGUGGCAUUGGUUGUUUCCAUUUUGGGAGCCUUGCUCCUGUCUAGCUUACAUGCUGUCUUCUCAGCCGAUGGGCCAACCACCACUGCCUGA